AUGUCUACCUCUGAUCCCCUUCUUCUCCUCCUCCUUCCCUUGCUCUUUCUUCUCUUCGCUUCUCAACCCUCCUACGCCCAAAACCGAAGCCGAACCUCUGAUUUCCCAUGGAGUCCGACGGAAAACAGAAUUCUCCUUUCAAACAGAUCAGUCUUCGUCGCCGGAUUCCUUCCUUUAUCCAACUCCACCGACCGAUUCAUCUUCUCCGUGUACUACUUCAACACCUCCGGCUCCGAACGGACGGUAAUCUGGUCGGUCAACGGUGAUUCUCCGGUCAACAUAUCAACUCCUCUCUUAAUCACCGCAUCUGGUGAGCUCCGCCUCGGUGAAAUCCCGUUUCCUGGAGAUCCGAAAUCAUCCAACAGCACCACACCUCUGCUCGAGCUCGGCGAUAAUGGAGAAUUGUCUUUUGGAAGCUGGAGUAGUUUUUUGUACCCGACAAAUACGAUUGUUCCGAACCAAAAUAUCAGCGGAACAAGAGCACUGUCGGUGAGAGGUGGAACUUUCCUAUUUGAUGGAAAACAAUUGGUUUUUAACAGUACUUACGAUAAUCAAUCCCAGUAUUAUGAAAACUCUAACAAGUUUCGACUCCUCACUGAUCUCGGGAUGGUUCAACAAGAGAAUAGUGCUACGUUUAUCACCUCCGACUACGGUGACCAGGCGUUGAGAAGAUUAACGCUCGACGAUAAUGGCAAUCUCAGGAUUUACAGCUUAGAUUCAAGCUCCCGUCAAUGGAAAGUAGUUUGGCAGGCGGUGGCGGAGUUAUGUAGAAUCAAGGGGACUUGUGGUCGGAAUUCUAUAUGUAGGUACGGUGAGGACUACGAUUCUACGGUCUGUGAUUGCCCACCGGGAUUCCAGAAAAACUCCGGCACCGGUGAUGAAUGCCGGAGAAAAGUUGGUCUGGGGAAAGAUACCAAGUUUUUGCAGCUGGAUUAUGUGAAUUUCAGUGGCGGGUCAGGUCAAGGGGACGAAUGGUCUAUCAAGGCCUUGAACUUUACAAUGUGUCAAAGAGAGUGCUUGAAUGACCCGGGAUGCUUCGGAUUCGGGUACAAAUACGACGGGCAGCAGUUUUGUGUUCUUGUGAAGAAGUUAUAUUACGGGAUAUGGUCGCCGGCGACCGAAGCUGCCUUUUUUCUCCGUGUUGAUCAGUCCGAACGUGAUGUUACGAAUUUCACGGGCUUGACCAGCGUUCUCGAGACAACAUGCCCGGUUCGGGUUAGCCUCCCGCUGCCACCGGAAGAGUCGAAGUCCACCACCCGAAACAUUGCGAUUAUAUCGACUCUGUUUGCAGCCGAGUUGAUUAGUGGUGUGGCAUUCUUUUGGGCUUUUCUCAAGAAAUACGUGAAAUAUCGAGAUAUGGCUCGAACGUUUGGGCUCGAGUUCUUGCCUGCUGGUGGGCCGAAGCGGUUUAGUUAUGCCGAGCUUAAAACGGCUACCAACGAUUUCUCGACCACAAAUGUUGUUGGGAAGGGCGGGUUCGGGGAUGUUUAUAAAGGAGUGUUGACCGAUCAUAGGAUAGUUGCAGUUAAGUGCUUGAAAAACGUAACAGGCGGCGAUAACGAGUUUUGGGCCGAGGUCACUAUUAUCGCUAGAAUGCACCAUCUCAAUUUGGUCCGAUUGUGGGGAUUUUGCGCCGAAAAGGGUCAAAGAAUCCUCGUUUACGAGUAUGUGCCAAACGGAUCGCUCGACAAGUUUCUGUUCCAUUCGGGUAAGGUCGAGUACACAAAUGACGACCAAGAUGUUGAAGAGAGUCGAUUACUGGAGCGAAAGCCAAUACUCGAUUGGGGUAUUAGGUACCGUAUCGCUCUUGGAGUUGCACGGGCGAUCGCAUAUUUACACGAAGAGUGCCUUGAAUGGGUCCUACACUGCGACAUCAAACCCGAAAACAUACUUCUAGGAGCCGAUUUUUGCCCGAAGAUAUCGGACUUUGGGUUGUCGAAACUAAGGAAGAAAGAGGACAUGGUUAGCUACUCGAGAAUGCGUGGAACCCGUGGGUACAUGGCCCCCGAAUGGGUAAAAAGCGAUCAAAUCACCCCGAAGGCGGAUGUUUACAGCUUCGGAAUGGUUUUGUUGGAAAUGGUAACCGGGGUACGUAAUUUCGACAUCCAAGGCUCGAAAAUGGAUAGCGAAGAUUGGUAUUUUCCGCGAUGGGCGUUCGAGAAGGUGUACAAGGAAAUGAACAUAGAAGACAUUUUGGACAACCAGAUAAAGGCAUCGUAUGAUAGUCGAAUGCACGAGGAAAUGAUCACACGGAUGGUGAAGACGGCCAUAUGGUGCCUCCAAGAUCGGCCGGAGAUGAGACCGUCGAUGGGGAAGGUGGCCAAGAUGUUGGAAGGAACGGUGGAGAUCAUCGAGCCUAAAAAACCAACCAUAUUCUUCUUGGGGGAUGAGUCGUAGAGGAUUAUGUGCAUCUAUCUAAUUGUUUAGACUUGCACGUCACAUGUUGUGAAUGUGAAAUAAAUGUUAGUGUAGUCUUUUUAACAAUUUGGAUAUUUUAAUUACUAAACAUCUUUG